AUGGCUGACGGACGCAGAGGUCGUGGUAGACCCAGAACCCAGAAUUCGGACUCUGAACCGCCAAGUGGUAGUGAAGGUUUUCAAGGGCCUCAGUUUAUGCAACAGAUGCAACAACAACAAAAUCAAUUCAUGCAACAAAUGAUGCAACAGUGGAAUGGUGGUUUGCAUCCUCAAGGAGUUCCACCGGUAGCUGUAGGUGGUAGUUUCCGAGAUUUCUUCCGCAUGAAUCCUCCAGAAUUCCAUGGUGGGCUGAAUCCUGUGAAGGCUCGGAAGUGGAUAACCGGCAUGGAAAGGAUUUUUCGGAUAGUGCAUUGUAGUGAAGAAAAUAAGGUUGUGUUUGCUUCUCACAUGAUGAAGGGUUCAGCUUAUUUUCCUAGUUCUUUGAGGACUCGGAAAGAGUUUGAAUUUCAACAGCUCAAGCAGGGAACUAUGUCAGUAGCUGCGUAUGCUGAGAAGUUCGAAGAUAUGGCUGCUUAUUCUAGACAAGCUGCGUACGCACCGGAUGAGAGGCAAUGUUAUGUGGCUGAGAAUAGUUUGAAGAAAGUUCAAGAAGAAAGGGGUCAGUACAGGAGUGGGCAGAGAGACCAAGGAAGGCCAGGAAAUCAGUUCAGGCCUAGAUCUCAGGCUUUCAAAGGAAAACAGGUGCAACAUGCAAGACCUAACCAACCUCCUCAAUGUCAAGUAUGUAAGAAGUAUCAUUUUGGAAGAUAUGAUGUAAGUGGAAUUAGGUGUUUUACUUGUCAUAGGGAGGGACACAUGUCUAGGGAAUGUCCUCAGAAUAAGAAUCAGAUGCAGGGGAGGAGCGUCGGUCGAGUUUAUACUUUGGAUGCAAGGAAGGCUAAGAGCAACAAUGCCUUAAUUGUUGGUACGUGUUUCAUCAAUAAUCAUCCUUGUUUUGUAUUGUUUGAUUGUGGGGCGACACACUCUUUUAUAUCAAUUCGGUGCAUGAAGCGUAUUGGCUUGCAAGCAAUUCCCUUGUCUCCUCGUAUGGUGGUUACUACCGCCAUGGAUGAUGUGGUUGAAACACCGUUGAUUUGUGAAAAUUGUUCGAUAUCGGUAAAUGGUAAAGUUUUUCAGAUUGAUCUAAUUUUUUUACCACUUAAGAAGGUUGAUGUGGUUUUGGGGAUGGAUUGUCUUUCCGCCAACUCGGUGUUUAUUGGUUGUGAAGAGAAGUUGAUUAUCAUUCCAUCUAGUGAAGCUACUCCAAAGGAUGUGAUAACUACAAUCUUGGAAGGUACAGUUGGCAUGAUUAAUUUCUUAUUUGAGAAUGAAAAGUCAGUUCUCUUGGAUGUUUCCUCUCUUCCUCCUGAAAGGGAAGUGGAAUUCUCUAUUGAUCUGGUACCUGGGACGGCUCCAAUCUCUGUCUCUCUGUAUCGCAUGGCGCCACUAGAGUUGAGAGAGUUGAAAAAUCAAUUGGAAGAGUUGCUAACUAAGCAUUUUAUCCGACCUAGUGUCUCACCAUGGGGAGCUCCAGUGUUACUAGUAAAGAAGAAGGACGGUAGUAUGCGGUUGUGUAUUGAUUAUCGCCAGUUGAAUAAAGUUACCAUCAAGAACAAGUACCCUCUGGCUCGGAUAGACGAUUUGUUAGAUCAGUUGAAAGGAGCCUGCGUGUUCUCGAAGAUUGAUCUACGAUCGGGCUAUCAUCAAAUAAGAGUUAAGAGUUUGGAUGUGCCGAAGACCGCAUUUAGAACCUGA